CACACACACACACACACACACACACACACACACACACACACACACACACACUCGUAUUUCCCACAGAUGUGCCAGGGAUUUGGAGACUUCAAAACACUGUAAGAUAAUCGGGCUUGGACUUUCAACACCAGUGCAAGGUGAAAUAUAACUUCUGUCCAUCAGGCAACUUUGAUACAAUUUUGGAACCUCCUUAUUCCUGCUUUUGACUGUGGGCGUCAAGUCAUUCAUAUUCCUUGAAAGAAAAAGUAGUUUUCUCAAUGAGCACUUGAAGACACGGACCAAGAUGACCGUCCAUGUUGAGGGUAUAGUGGCCAUUGUGGUUUUUUAUCUGGUGAUUCUGUUCGUGGGCAUUUGGGCGGCGUGGAAGAACAAGAAUUCCGGAGUGGGUGAUGGCGGCGACCGGAGUGAGAGCAUCAUGGUCGGUGGCCGGGACAUUGGUUUGUUUGUGGGUGUAUUCACAAUGACCGCUACUUGGGUGGGUGGAGGCUACAUCAAUGGGACAGCUGAGUAUGUCUACUUGCCUGACUAUGGCUUGGCUUGGGCCCAAGCACCCUUCGGCUACGCUCUCAGCCUUGUUCUAGGUGGUCUUUUUUUUGCCAAACCCAUGCGAUCCCGUGGCUAUGUCACAAUGCUGGAUCCUUUCCAACAGCUCUAUGGAAAGAGGAUGGGGGGUCUGCUUUUCAUCCCUGCUGUCAUGGGUGAAAUCUUCUGGUCUGCAGCCAUUUUAUCUGCCUUGGGGGCCACUCUGAGUGUGAUCGUGGACAUAAACAUCAACAUGUCAGUCGUGAUCUCAGCCCUGAUUGCGAUCUUCUACACUCUUCUGGGAGGACUCUACUCUGUUGCUUACACAGACGUAGUUCAGCUCUUCUGCAUCUUUGUGGGUUUGUGGAUCAGUGUGCCUUUUGCAUUGUCCAAUCCUGCCGUGUCAGACAUCAGCGUGACAGCCAAGGAGGCAAUCCACCAGUCACCCUGGCUGGGGAAAAUUGACCCUGGAGACAAAUGGCUCUGGGCAGAUAAUUUCUGUUUGCUGAUGUUGGGGGGGAUUCCCUGGCAGGUCUAUUUUCAACGGGUUCUUUCUGCCUCUUCAGCUACCUACGCCCAGGUCCUUUCCUUCCUCGCUGCUUUCGGCUGUUUGGUCAUGGCAGUUCCUUCCAUCCUCAUAGGAGCUAUAGGGGCAUCCACUGACUGGAACCAGACGUCUUAUGGGGCCCUCCCUCCAAAGGAUAAAGACGAAUCCGACAUGAUCCUUCCCAUUGUGCUACAGCACCUCUGCCCACCUUACAUCUCCUUCUUUGGCCUGGGAGCAGUGUCAGCUGCCGUCAUGUCAUCCGCAGAUUCCUCCAUUCUCUCGGCCAGCUCCAUGUUUGCCAGGAACAUCUAUCAACUUGCAUUUCGACAGUCGGCUUCGGAUCGUGAGAUUGUCUGGGUGAUGCGUCUCACUAUCUUCGUGUUCGGAGCCCUUGCCACAGCCAUGGCUUUGUUAACAGGAACAGUAUAUGGCCUGUGGUACCUGAGCUCGGACCUGGUCUAUGUCAUAGUCUUUCCCCAACUUCUCAGUGUCCUUUUCGUCAAAGGAACAAAUACCUACGGCUCAGUGGCUGCCUACGUCUUUGGACUUUUGCUCCGAAUUGGCGGAGGCGAACCCUAUUUAAAACUUCCUCCCUUCAUCUAUUACCCUGGAUGGGUGAUCCAGGAGAAGAUUCACCACCUCACCGGUGACGUCGAGUAUUUUGUCCAGCAGAGAUUCCCAUUCAAGACAGCGGCCAUGGUGGCAUCCUUUUUGGCAAAUGUGGUAUUUUCCUACCUGACAAAGUACAUAUUCGAAAGUGGCACACUGUCACAUAAGUAUGACUUCUUCGAUGCUGUGGUCUCCAAACACAGCAAGGAGAUCAUGGACAAGGCCACACUGGUGAGCCAUGAUAAUAUCAUCCUCUCAGAGAUGACGCCCGUCAAACAAGCACUCGGUGCAUCCCUCGCAGCGACCUUCACCAACAGAGAGGUCCUAAGUAAUGAUGAAGUGUCAAGUCCGGAGGAGUUUCAAGAUGAAAACUAGGCAGUAAAAGGCACAGCACCAAGAAAAGUCACUACUGCCACACUAGGAUUCAAACCAAUAGAGAUCUACGAUGGCUUCCACGUGACCCUACAUAUUUUAUUUGAUGCUAAUAAUGUUAGGGUUCCAAAAGUCAAGAAUGUUUCCACGACUGGUUGGAACGCUUCAAAGGUAAGACCUGAGGAAUUGGAGAUUGGAACAAUCUUCUGAGUCUACAAUUCCAAUGGUCAAAUGGCCAAUUUCAUUGUAAAUGAAGGGUGUUGUUUUGCUGUCUGUAUUCCUAUUGUGUGUAGCAGAGAAUAUUCCAUGAAUCAAAAUGUAUUGUCCAAACCGAAUGGUCGGUUUUCUCCUCAUGAACUCAAGCUUCCAGUGUGGUGGCAACCAAUCAUGAAGGAUCCUUACUUGACUUUGGAACAUCUGAUGCCUCCUCCGUAUUGAGUAUUCCUUCCCUCCAACCGGAGAGGUGACUGUUGACCAAUUGCGUCAAGCAUCAUGUUUUAAAGGAAUAUUCUCACUACAGUCAUAGUUAAGUGCCACUAUUUACAUGUGAUCAAAGGGAAGUUGACAUACUUAUUCUUCUAAUUUAGGUGGGUUUUGAGAAUAGUGCAAUACUAUACCAAGGAAAUGUCUCUGUCUCUGUGGUGUGUCGACAAAGUGUGUCAGAAAAGUUCCGGGAGCCGUGUCACAAGAGCUAGAUUUCAAACCCAAACUAGUUUCCCUAUUCAUUGUGGGCCAGAAGAUAAACCACCAAGUCUACAAAGAGAUUCCAGGCGAUGCAAGAGUGGUACCAAGCCAAUUCGUGACUGCUUCACCAUGACAACGCACCUGCUCACAGUGCCAUCCAAAAGUUCAUGGCUCAGAGGAAAAUCCCCAUGAGGACUUACCUGACCUGGCUCCAUGGAAUUUUUAUCUCAUUUUUCCCCCAGGCUCAAAACGCAAGGAGUCAUUAAGGGGACCCGUUUUGAAAAUGUGGGCAGCAUCAAGAUGGCCGUGAUGUCAACUGUGGAGGAUCCAGGACCAAUCCUUCCAAGAGUGCAUGAACACGCGGCAGAGAAGGCUGAGAACAUGUGUUCGACUCCAUGGAGAUUACUUUGAAGGGGAAAACCAAGAUUGCAAUUUGAAAAUAUAUUUUGUGCCGCCAGUCCUGGAACUUUGAUGACACACGUAUUAUGUGUUUGUGUUGAGCAAGAGUAAAAUACAAUAAUGUGCAAAAGUCACAAGCAGCAUUUAUGUAUUGUUUUACCAAUUUAAUAAUGACAACAGUGUAUAGCAUAACUACAACGUCAAGUGCUAAUAAAAGGGUGAAAAAAGCGGCACGUUAUAUUUGUGUUAAUUGUCCACCUGCUUGUUACUUUCAGAUUUGUGGCGUCUGGUGCCUUAGUGAUUCUGACUAUUGAUGGCAUUGCUGGACAGAAAUUAAGUAAAUUCCUAUAUCUGCGCCUUUCUGUGGAUGCAAUGGUUUCUUCCUUAGCACAUGCACCGUAUCUCUAUUAAAUGCUAUGAAUGUAGAAUUAUGAAUCCGACUUCUCUGCAUAAUCUGGCGAGCAAAGUUGUUCAAAAGCAAAAUGAUUGCUGACAAUUAAGAUAAUUAAAACAACAAUGCUUAGAGUUGGUCUAUAUUUUUUGCACAGUGCUGCACUAUAUAGUAUAUCAACUUGUCCUGAGUUCCAUUUGCAUCGACAAAGAGUUAGUUUAUGAAUAGAGCAAUAAUAUGUUUAGUACCGUUAUCCAUGUUAUACAGAUAUACCAGUAUGUAAUACUGAACAUAUAAGUUAUAGUAGAUGGAUUUUUUCUUGUAUUCACAAUUAAGCUCUUAAAACACCAAACAUUACAUUUGCAGUAAAUCCUCAUCCAGACCUCAUGCGAACAAACCGUGACCAAAGUAGAUGGUUACAUAUGAGAUACAUAUAGUCACCAAAUAAUGUCUGGUGUUCAACUUUUCUGUGAAAGAAUUAUAAUGUAUGUCGUGUUUUACAAAUGUUUCAUUUUCCAAGCAUUUCAGUCCUUUAUAUGUGAAUCUAUAUGACACAAAUGAUGUCUGUAAUCACAUGAUUUGACGUAUGCUACUAAAAUGUCUGUAAAUCCUCGCUAAAUAUCUGCAUAUUGAAAAGAAUGGAGCAUCAGAAAAGAUUAUUCUUCAUUGUAUGCAGUAUUUCAAUGUUGUAUUGGUGUUGUUUUGGGGUUUUUUUUAGGACUUCUUGGAGGCUUGUGUGCUUAGAAUUUGCUUAUAAAGCCCGGUUGCCAUAGAUUUGUGGCGAUAUU